AUGGAUGGAGUUGAAACAGAGAGGAAAAGGUGUUUUGUGGUAUGGCUAACUGUGGUAACUUGUGGUAAUAGCUGUACCAUGACUAACUCAUGGGUAUCAAACAAAGGUGGGCUUUCAAGUGGUAAAAUAACUAACGUGCUAUUAGACUGGUGUGCGACGCCAGAUCCAGCAAUUUGUCCAAACGGUUGUGGUCACUUCUACAGAGGAAUUAACCGAAAAAAAUUGUUACGCAGGCAUAUGGUCUACGAAUGUGGUGUUCCAUCUAAGUUCAAGUGUCCGAUUUGUUCCAAACGUUUUACAAGAAAAUCAAAUAUGAAAGUACAUGCAUUUUCAGUACACCAAACGUUUUUGUGA